CAUUGACAUUCGGUUUUUAUGUUCUACUACAAAUUCGAAUUUCUUUUGAACGUCAUCCGUGUUAUUUCAGAAAAAAGGUAUUAAAUAUUUACCAUUCAAUCUUAUACAAAGUAUAUCAAUAAAACAUGUAGUGAAAAACUAUCAUCUUAAGAUGGUUUAAUGAAUAGAUUAGAAGUGGAAAGAAGGACGCAUUUCUACGUGCCUUGUGGAAAUUAAUACGAAAGUCUACAUCUUGCAAACCGGCACAUGUAAACUUAUCGAUCAAAAGGGAAUGUUUGUUUUGCUUUUCUCUGCCUUUGAAUCUCGAGCUAUCGCGAAGGUUAGACCAAACGACAGUACAAUCACUUGACGAUUUGAUUCUAAAAUAAACAUAAUUGACAGAAAUUAUGGCUGGUAGUGGAGAACUUUGGGUACAGUGUUUUACCUGUUGCUUAAUGCAACAAGGACCAAGAGCACGUAAUGGAAGGCAAAGGUCACAUCAAAGGCUAAGGAUAGACCGUAGCAUGAUAGGAGUACCUACAAAUUUUAGGCAUACUGGACACAUUAGUAGUGGUGAUCUAGAUAUGAGCAGUGCACAAUUGUCAAAUAUUCAGGCACAGAUGCAAAUGAAAGGGGGUUAUGAUAAUGCAUACGGUGUCAAGGCAUGUUGAAGAUAAUUAUAAAGCACUUUCAGACUGCUCUGCAAUUAAUCUUAUAAUGGGACUAAAAAAAAAAA